AUGAGCCUCACCGUCUCCAUAAAGCCAAGGCCCUUUGAUUCGGAGGGAGAGGAGGACUUCUUCUGCUGUGGAUUCCAGUACCGCCACCGGGAGGAGGAAGCAGAAGAAGCCCGAGGGCGCCCGGGGGGACAGGCGGCCGCGCUGCGAGCCCUGCCGAGCCAACCCGCAGAGACUCCCAGGCAGCGCUCCCUGCCAGCCAAUGCGAGCUCGGGCAGCCGCUCCUGCCAGACAAUCCGCGCUCAGGCAGCCGCUCCUGCCAGCCAAUCCGAGCUCGGGCAGCCACUUGCCAGCCAAUCAGAGCUCAGCCGGGCCGCCACAGCAGCCGGCGGGAGAGCGGGGAGCCGGCUGUGCGUGCUUCGGAUAGAGUGGAGGGUAGCCACUGAUGCCAGCAUCCAGUUUCUCCGGGGAGCAGAGCUGGCCGUGAUGCAGGUGAACAGCAAUCAACAAAUCUGCACCCAGUUUGAUUUUCAGAACAACUUGAUGCCUCAGGUCCGUCCAGGUGGAGGCCGGUGGAACUUCAGUUUUGACCGCUUUGAGGUGGAGCCUGGCCAGACUUACCAAGUGACUGUCUACCACCUGCCCAAACUGGGUACAGAUGGAGACUACAACUGCAAGUCCAUGCCUUUCACAAUGCCUGACUGCAAGGACUCUCUGAUGAAAAGGACUGUUCCCUGUAUAAAUACAGGCAGCCUGUGGGAGCCCAGGAUCCAAGGUAAAAGUCUAGAUGAUGCGACUCUGCUCGUGAGCUUUAACCCGUGGACGGAGUCUGCCCGGUAUCAAAUCCAUGUGGCCAGUUUCCUGAAUGAGAAGAAAUGUAAAAUGGUCAUGCAUGAUUUCACUGCGGAUGGACUGCAGCAGCAAGUAAACGUUACAAUCAAAAUAGAGAGGAACAUAAAAGCUUGUUGCAACUACAAUAUUCAGAUUCAGCCAUUCUUUGUGAACUGCGGCACAGACUGUAUGAGACAUUCUGCUAUCAUCCCAUGUUCACCAGCUCCAAGUCCAGACCCAUCAGGUGAUAUGAUUAUAUGGUUAUACUGGUGCAUCACUGGGAUCUGUGUGUUACUGGUCGGAUCAGUCAUAGCAGCUGUCGUUUGUAUGACCAGAAAACGAGCAGGAUGCCAGCGAGGGAAAAGCAACCACAGUGGCUUGCAAACAGAGGUGCUAUCUCCAGACCUUCCUCCGCCACCUUUGAAGCCUCGGAAAGUUUGGAUUGUGUACUCUGCCGAUCAUCUGCUCUACGUGGAUGUGGUGCUGAAGUUUGCCGAAUUUCUGAUGACAGUCUGUGGCACUGCAGUGGCCUUAGAUCUGCUGGAGGAUCAUCAGAUCUCAGAGCUUGGGGCUUUGCCCUGGCUUACUCGACAAAAGAAGGAAAUGGAAGACCUUUCUUCAAAGAUUAUCAUCUUGUGUUCACGGGGCACCCAGGCCAAAUGGCAGGCCAUGCUUGGGAGUGACCCUGUGUGUCUCAGGCAAGAUCAGCAAAAGCCAACUGGAGACCUUUUCACACCUGCCUUGAAUUUGAUCCUGCCUGAUUUCAAGAAGCCAGCCUGUUUUGGGAUGUAUAUAAUCUGCUAUUUUGAGGGAAUAAGUAGUGAGAAGGAUAUACCCGAUCUAUUCAAUGUCACCUCCAGGUACCAACUGAUGGACAAGUUUGAGGAUAUUUAUUUUCGGAUUCAGGACCUGGAGAAAUUUGAACCAGGACGUAUACAUCGAAUCCAGGAAAUCACAGCAGAAAAUUACGUCGAUACCCCUAGUGGAUGGAAGCUGAAAGAGGCCGUGCGAAAGUUCAAGGAGUGGCAGGCAGAGCACCCAGACUGGUUUGAGACGGAAAGCAUCUGCUUGGAGAACGAGGAGGAGCCUCAGUGCCUGAACAGAGACAGUCAGGUGGACUCGUUCCUGAGGGAGCAGGGGGGCAUUGUGAAACAUCAGCUGCACCUAAGGGAGCCUGACCCUAACUGCUGUUACGUUGUCAACCUCCACAUGCAUGAGAGUGAGAACAAAGCUUGCAAGCUGCAGCCUCAGCUGAAUCUGUCUGGGGAUGCAACUUCUCAGACUAUGGUCAUUCCUAUGGAUGAGGCCCCUCUGGUUCAGGUAGUGGAGCCAGUCUCUCCUGUGGAAGAUAAAAAUGUGCUUGAGCAUCAUGUGCUGACUAAUGAGGACUGCAUGGAAGGAGUCCCUCUUUUGGAGAGAAGCUUUCCGCUGAGGAAUGAAGUCCUCCUCCGUGAUGACUGUGAAGCCUCUGCAAUAGAUGAUAGUCCUGCAAACCUCUCUGGUGAACUGAGGCACCAGCUGAAUGGACUCAUGUCCUGUCUUUAUCAGCAGAGUGUCGUGCCCUCAGAACCAUCCUUCUGUCAAGAGGAAGCUGACAAGCAACACCAGCUGGUCUUAGAUGACCAAUACAAAGAGCAAAGACAAUCAGUGCAGUCAGACCAGGGCUACAUCUCUAGAUGUUCUCCGUUGCCUCCUGAUGACCUUGUGGAGGAGGAGGAGGAGGAAGAGGAGGAGGAAGAUCCAGAGAAACAAGUGCUCUUCCAUGGACUCUCUCCAGAGGACUUGAAUAGUCUGAAAAGUCUCCAGCAGAGGUUGUUUUUCCAGGACAUCCAACGGAGCCAUGACUGGAGGUAUCCAGCUGAGGCGAUGGACUUGAGCCAGUCUCCAAAGGAUUCUUAG